GAGAAAGCCUACAUUCGAGUCAGUUUACGUUGAUGGUUGCUCGAGGUAACUACGGUACACAGUUGUCUGCUGUGUGAUUGAAAAAGAACGGUUGUUAAUACGUCAAGUGUGAAGUGGUGGGAAACCAUUGAAGUUAUAACAAUAGCAAUGAAGCGUAAUAAGUUGUUCCUUGUCAUGAUCAUCGGUAUCAUUAUCUGUGGUGACGUGGCGUCUGGAAAGAAGUCACGAACUCGCCUAUCUCGACCUUCGUCUCGGACAACACCAAGACCACGAACAACAACCACCCACCGUAAUAAUCAUGAUGUAGAUCCGAACAGAAUUGGCUGGGCAAUCCCAGAAGCAAAUUCUCGCAAUAAGCAAAACAGUGGUAAUCUACCGCCAAAACCAUCGGCCCCACUACCAGAUCAAAAUGUUGCUAUGAAGUCCAACGCACCAUCCUUACAGUCAGGUUAUCCUGGGCAAUCUCAACAAAAUUCAUAUCACGGGCAGCACCAGCCAGUCGGUCAAGGUUAUAAUCCAGCAGUUGGGCAACAGUAUAAUCACCCAUUCAAUACGCCUGCUGGAGCAACAUACCAGCAACCUCCUAGCCAGUCGUACAAUCCAUCAGUUGGGCAACCUUACCAUCAAACUGCUGGUCAGCCUUAUAAUCCUUCAUUCGGUCAGAAUUACCAUCAACCCGUCGGCCAACCGUAUAACCCAUCAGUUGGUCAACCCUACCAUCAACCUGUUGGUCAACCAUACAACCCACCAGUUGGACAAACUGUGAUUUUAGCACCAGCUCAAGUACCAUCGUCAAAUCGCGGAUUAGGCCAAAUCGCUAAAGAGGCUGUAGUGUUUGCCGGGGUGAGCGCAGGUGUAAAUGCUGCAGUAAACAGAUUACUUCCAGGCGGCUCUCGUGGCGGAGGAACCAAUACUCAAAUAACAUAUAAUAAUUAUUAUAAUAAUCAAACUGACAGUCAAGGAAACCCUGUGCCACCACCGACUACAGGAGAUUCUGGUAGUACGGCUAAGCCAGCAGAAGGCUCAAGCUCUGCUCCUGGAAAUGCUAUGGGGCUGCAAGUUGCAGGAAACCCGGAAAGCAAGAACGUUCAAACCAACCCUGUUCCCGAUGCACCGCUGGGUGUUGUACCAUUAAAUAUGAACGCCUCAGGGACUGAUUUAGGAUCCAGUGCCUCCUUAGCUCCAGCUUCAGGAAAUCCUAUCGCUCCACCAACGCAGACAAAUUUAGUGUCUAACGAGGAGCUAAUGCGGUUAUCAGAAGAACUUUUUGAAGCUGACGCCAAUAACGCAUUCAAAUAUAUUACUUUAAAGCUGCAAGGUCAAAAAACUGAUGAUAGCAUAACAGACAGCGCAAUGGAAUCUUUGCUGACGGUCCAGCCUGAGGGAUUACAAAUUCCGACGAUUGCUUUGGUGCGCUCUGUUUACAACAAAUACGAAUUGGAUUCCGGAGUACCUGAAAAAAUAACCCCAGAAAGACGAGAUGGAGAAAUGAAUGUGAUAAAUGAGUUUCUGAAAACAGAAGUAAUGUCAAAGGCCAUGAAAUUUAUCGCGAGUAAAGGUUUGAUACCCAAUGAUGAGUACGAAUUUAAAGAUGCGUUAAAAAGAAUUUGGUUUUCUCAAUAUGCCCGUGAAAAUAACAUAAUAUCAACCAGCGGUUUUGAAAACGUAUUCUUGGCCGAAAAAUUUCAAAUGGAAAUCACUGGGUUACACAAUUGGAUUUACUUCAACGAGCAGGAGUCUGCUGGCAAAGCAAAUUAUUUGGGAUACAUUAGAGAAGCUAAACUUGGAAACAAUGCUGUAAUCAUCAAAUUACGGGCAACUCUAAACGACAUCGUAAGACCGGUCACAACGAUUUUCGUUGGCACUUCACCUGAAUUAGAAAUGGCUCUGUAUACGAUUUGCUUUUUUGUUCGCCCAAAUGGUGCAUGCCCCGUAUCACUAGGAUCUACACCGUUUACAAUAUUCACGAACAAAAUAAGUUACUUCGGCAAAGAAACUCUUUUUUCGGCUUAUCCAGAAAUAUAAGUUUUGCAGCUACCACUUGGGAAGUUCGAUUUUCGAAACCCGUGCAGCGUGUAGUGCCCUAAUGCCAAACAGUGCGCAAGGGGACUGUUAGUGCAUGUGCACAACUAAAAUGCUCUACUUUCCACACUGGGCUUUCUUUAGUUCAUGCGUACAUUCCAAUCACUCAAUUUUACGCACUAUGUUAUUGAGUGUAAGUUACCUAAUCUCCAUUGUACACAUUGUCAGUGGCACACUCAAUGCGUUUUGAAAUCAAACUUUCCGCGCGGGUGCUGCCGAAAUAUCGUAUGUGACACGUGGGGAUAGGCGAUAUCUGACUGGUGUGAUCACAGCAUUUGCUUGUAGGUUAUGUCGCAGGCUACACUUGUUCAGAUGUUACCCAUUUUCUGCAUUUGUCACACAAUAUACUAUUUUAUAGCUAUUUUUUAAAUUUAUUAAUUUCCAAGAGUGUACCACCGUGUAAGUGUACACGGUAUAUUUGCUCUAGGCAAAUAUAGCUGAGGCAAAAAUAAAUG